AUGUUCACGCCGAUCGAGUCGAGCGUCGGUGCCAUUCUAAUCUGGCAGUCGACGUCUAUCCUACUAUACAACAAUGGCUCUGUCCUUGGACUCUCGGGCCUGCUCCGCCGACUAUUCGACGGACCUACACUUUCAACUGCUCUCUUCUUCGUGGGGAUGGUAUUGAGCUUUCUCCCGCUGCGUAUAGUGCUGCCAGAAUUACUACAAUAUCCUGAAAUCACCUGGGACUCGAUGACAGUCCUCACCACUAUAGCGGCAGGACUUCUGACGGGAUGGGGCACCAAGGGCUGCAACGGCUGCACCUCAGGCCACAUGAUAUGUGGCCUCUCACGCUUCUCCGGUCGUUCUCUCGCCGCCGUUUCCAUCUUCUUUCCUACAGCAGUCUUCGCUUUCCACCUGACUCAGCCCUCCCUCUCCACCUCCAUCUGCUCCGGCACAAUCCCUUGCUACACUCCCGUAUACCCUUCCCCUUACACCCUUACCGCCCUUCUCACCCUCGCCGCCGCAACGAUCACCAUUGGACAUACACUCCCACCAUUGAUAGCGACUCUCUCGACCAAGCCAGAGGCAGAAAAGUCGGAUUCCUCUCCCUCCCCAAGGACCCUGUCGUACCUAACAACCUCCCUAGUCGCCGGUCUAACAUUCGGCCUCGGCCUCCACAUCUCCGGAAUGGCGCAAGCAUCUAAGCUUUUCGCCUUCUUCGCGCUCCCCAGCCCCACGUUCUGGGACCCCUCUCUACUCGCCGUCAUCCUUUUCGGUAUGCUCCCAGCAAUCAUCGAGAACAAAAUCCGAGGCUUCCAGCGGCCGCCCGCCUACGCGCCAAAGUACGACAUACCGACGAAGACGUGGCGAGAUAUUGACUGGCGAUUUGUGGCGGGUGCGGCGGCGUUUGGUGUUGGUUGGGGCCUGGAUGGGACGUGCCCAGGGCCUGGAGUGUUGAGGGCAGUCGUGCAGCCGGCUUGGGGCGCGUUGUGGAUGGCGGGUUUCUGGGCGGGUGGGAGGUUGAUGGGCUCCCAUGACUUCCGGCGCGAUAUCGUGUGGCCAAAGUCACUCGAGAACCCGAAGCCAUAAGGUGAUCAACAGAAUCCAAACAUUCUCCAAGAGCACAACCAUUGAGUGCUCCGUUGCGAUCUGUCAAUCUACCACUCACAUGAUAAUCC